AUGAACAAAGACUGCCAGGGACCUUCCGGAAGCCUGCUGGAAUGCUACUGGGAGCCUACUGAAAGUCUACUGAAAGGCUACUGGAAGCCUACCGGAAGCCUGCUGGAAGCCUACCGGAGGGCUGCUGGAAGUCUUCGAGAAGCCUGCUGGAAGCCUACAGGAGGGCUGCUGGAAGCCUACCGGAGGCCUGCUGGAAGCCUACCGGAGGCCUGCUGGAAGCCUACCGGAGGGCUGCUGGAAGCCUACCGGAGGCCUGCUGGAAGCCUACCGGAAGCCUGCUGGAAGCCUACCGGAGGGCUGCUGGAAGUCUUCGAGAAGCCUGCUGGAAGCCUACAGGAGGGCUGCUGGAAGCCUACCGGAGGCCUGCUGGAAGCCUACCGGAGGCCUGCUGGAAGCCUACCGGAGGCCUGCUGGAAGCCUACCGGAGGGCUGCUGGAAGUCUUCGAGAAGCCUGCUGGAAGCCUACAGGAGGGCUGCUGGAAGCCUACCGGAGGCCUGCUGGAAGCCUACCGGAGGCCUGCUGGAAGCCUACCGGAGGACUGCUGGAAGCCUACCGGAGGCCUGCUGGAAGCCUACCGGAGGCCUGCUGGAAGCCUACCGGAGGACUGCUGGAAGCCUACCGGCGGCCUGCUGGAAGCCUACCGGAGGCCUGCUGGAAGCCUACCGGAAGCCUGCUAG